CAUUAAAAUGGUCAAAUUUUGUCUCCUUAGUAAUCUAGAUUGUGUGGUGAAGAGCAAAGCGCUGUUGUAACCUAGAAACAACCUUAGAUAGAGGCUUAUGGUAGAUAUGUAGCAUAACAUAACUCUAGUAAACAGAAGCAUCGUCUUACCCCUGAAAGAUAGAUGGCAAUAACCGGUUGUGACAGCAAUGGAUCCAUGGAAGCCACCAAGUUCAGCCAACCGAUGCCAUGGAUUGGCAUAUACAUAGCAGCAGCAUCUCUUGCUUGUCUCCUAGCAAUGGGUGCAGAUCUCAUACUCGGAAUUCGAGGCCGCAAAUUUUGGUUUCCUUGCAAAUUCUUCUGUUUAAACGCCACUUCCUUGGCAAUAAUAGCUGUAGCAGUGAAGCUAUCAGUGGAUCUCAACACCCCUAUGCCACACCGCCAUGAUCAGCUAUCAAAACUCAGCAGCAGCGCCAUGAUCUGCACAAUAAUGGCCAAUUCCAUGCCAACUCUGGGGAUCACCGAGAACAAAGACACCAUGAUGAACCUCAUGGCCAUGGCAAUCCUUGUGGUUACCAUGAUUGUGAACAUCUGCAUCCAGUUUGUCACCGGUGUUAUCUAUGUGUUCUGGGUGGAACAUGCUCUCGUCCUACUCCUCAUGGUGAUUUUGUUGAUGACCAUGACCUCCUCAGCCGUGAGUAUUCCAAAGAUUAAGCACUAUUUCGAGCUGAAACUUAGGAUGAACGAAGAGGCACUUAAGGAGUCCUCAAACGUGUUUGCCGAGGAGAGGACUCAAAUCGUCAACGGACUCAGAGAUCAACUGAUGAAAAUUUGGAUGAUGACCCACACAAGCAGCCCCCAAUUUGUUCUUGGAAGGUCAGUGUCUUGUACUGCUUCUGGUGCCUUUUGUCUUCUAAGUACCGUGACGUUAGGAGAGGCCAUUCUUCGAUCUUACUUGAUGCCGCGGUCGUUUGAUUUUUGCUCCGGUGACUGUGACUACAAGUGGUCCACCAUCUUAAUUCUCAUAGUUCAGGUUGCCGCAGUGGUGGUCGGUACUAUUGCUCCUGCCUUUAGAUGGUUCGUUGCCAUAACCUAUAAGUGCCCAAAUGUGAGGAACAAGACCUGCAAGAGAAGGUUCCAAGUUGAAGGGUACUGGACUACCAAGCUACUCUCAAUUAAAGAAAGCCCUCUAGGCUUUCGAAUUCGUAACAGGCAGUCCAGAAAGCUGGCCCAUGAUGCAAAAACUCUUGUAAUGUGUUUCUGCAUCAAACUUCAGGUGGGGAUUGUGCUAAUGAGUAAAGCCACCGAGUACGUUUCAGUAACCCUCAUGUGCUGGAUCUUGACAUGUUUUGAUAAGUGCAAGAAGUUGAGAUCCAAACUUAUUGCUACUGUUUCGAGCGUUAGCUCGGGAACAGAAUCAAGGUCUGUUCCGAAGGUGGAUCUUAGAUGUUUUGUUUUGUAUCUUGAAGGUGAGGAAGAGUUAGUUGAGGUAAUGCUGAAACAGAAUCGUGAUGCCACUAUGCACUGGGUUCAAGUAGGAGAGAAAAAGCAGCCAAAACUUCUCAUUGAGUUAUUGGAGAAGAAAUGUUCUUUCUUGCAGGGAUUCAGGGGAGUGGAAACAUUUGACAGCGACCAAGUUCUUUCUUUGCAUUGUGCACAAGCAGCAUAUAGUUGGUCACUUCCUCUGGUGACACUAGCUAGCAUUGUAGUGGCACUGCCAAACAUCAAUAGGGAUUCAGUCAAAAAAUUGAUAAGCACUCUAAAUGAAGCACUCCCCUUUGUCAAGUACAUAGAAAAUAACGUGGACAAAGAAAGAGAAUUGUAUAAACUCAGGUCGGCGGCAGAAAUUGUUUGGCUUGGAGUUGAUCUAUAUGAUAAGUGGCUAGAUGUGGAUCUUUGUGAGCUCUCACUUCAAUAUAAGAGCCCCAGAGAGGCACUUGAGCAACUAGCCGAUGCUGCAAAAACCAGGUAUGAAAAAUUUAAAGGCAAAUAUAAGCACAUAUGCAUGAAGAUAAGCCCUUCAUUAUGGCCCUACAAAGUAUCCGCAUCUCACACUAUGUACAGAAUAUGCAAAACUGCUCUCUUAAAUCAAGAACUAUUAAGAGAUAAUACAAGUGAGAGGGCCUUUGAAUCACUUACAGGGAUGAUUUCUGAUAUAGUGGGUGCAUGUCUCAGCAAUUUACCCUUCGUUAUAUCCAACAAGUGUUUGAAUAGCACCAUUGAAGAGAGAGAGGACACUGUUAGAAAUUCAGUUUACAUUCUUGGCAAGACCAAGAAGAUUAUAGAAAUGAUAGAAAAGAGAGCUUUUCCCCAUGUCAAUUUCUGCCAAGGGACCUACAUCGAAGAUUGGCGUUUAAUGCAUAAGCAAAAAAGUUUUUGUCACAUUUUUCCAUCUUCACUGAAGAAUGACACUUCACCGGAGAGCGACACUCCUACAGAUUCGCCGCCCUCUUCAUAUGAUCUUUGCCUAAAUAUUGACUAAAAGCCAGAGGCUCUGGUGAAUUACAUGAUUGCCGGAAAAGCUUUUAGAUUUGUAUAAAGUUUAUGUAAACUAGGAGAAUUUAGGUUUAACAGAAACAUUAGGAAAAGGGCACAGAAAAUCACUAGUUUCUGAUGGAGUGCCAUUUAUAUGUAUUGAUCAUAUGUAUCUUCCAUCAUGUACAAAACACUUAAAUUUGGCAUAACAUAAGCAGAUAUGCAGAUAUGCAGAUAUGCAAGUUGAAAUGGCUGUAAAAAACUUCA